CUUUGACUUUAGAGCAUCUAACAACGCAAGACAUUUAGUACGCAAAUUCGUUAGAACAACUCUAGAAGUCUAGCAAAUCAACAAUGAACAAAGUUGUUUUAGUGGUGGUUUUAGCCACAGUUUGUGUGCUAUCAAAUGCUCUUGACUCUGAUGUUGUGCUAAAAGUACGUGGCGGUGUACGCACUUUGGAAGGUGAAGAUCUUGCAAAAGCUGUGGAAGUUCUCAAAAAUUCUUUGGAAAAAAUUGCCACCGGCGAAGAUGGACAGCAGUAUAAAGUGGGCAAAGUUAUUUUAGCUACUAAACAACCGGUAUCUGGAACUCUGUACAAGUUUGAUUGUGAGCUCAUCGACAGCAAUGAGGUGCCUAAAAAGUGCAUGGUCAAGAUUUGGUCUCAGCCAUGGUUGGAAAAUGGCAUAGAAGUCACUGUGGAUUGCGAGCAGUCAGAAACUCUGAUCAGAAGUCAUAGUGCCUAACUGAAUUUUCUAUGUAUUUUUUAUUAAAAAUUAUGAAGAAUUACGAAAAAUAAAAAAAAAUUGCUUAUACUAAACAAUA